GGUGUGCAGUUGUGUCUCUCUCCAGCUCAGGUGGAUCCGUUCUACAGUCAGGGAGAGUCUCUGUCGUCUGACGACCAGCUGGACCAGACCUGGAUCACUGUGUUCGGUUUUCCUCCAGCCUCAGCCUCCUACAUCCUGCUGCAGUUCGCUCAAUACGGAAACAUCCUGAAACACACGAUGGCGUCUCCUGGUAACUGGAUGCACCUUCAGUAUCAGUCCAGCCUGCAGGCCAGGAAAGCUCUGUCCAAAGACGGGAAAGUGUUCGGAGACGCCAUCAUGGUGGGAGUCAAACCCUGCAUAGACAAGGUCAGUAACUGGAGAGAGAGAGAACAAAGUCACAGUGCAGACGUGGAGCCUUUCGUCUCUCCUUAUUGCUUCACUCGCUCCGUGUGCCUUCAUCAGAGGAUCAGUCGGUAUAAUAUCCAGGAUCCGAAUGUGGCCCAGUGGCUCAUCCAGCUCAGCUCCGACCACUUCUGGAUG